AGAGACGAGCAGAGUAAAGCGGGCAGGGUGUUUUUAGAUGAGCCGCUCUUACGUGCGGGGGUUCACGUUCAUCUGAGUGGUCAAACUGUUUCACUUUCAACUGGAAUCUUAAGGAUGUUUUUGUUUUGUUUGUGAUUUUGUGUGCGAUGGAUUUAUGGCACAUUAAUGGCAGGAGCAGCAGCGCGGGGACAGUUCUGACCCUUCCCAUGGACCUGUGCAUCGUGGUUCUUCUUAUGCACUUGAUGCACGCUGGCACCAAAGCAUUGGCGUUGGGGAGGGAGGAUGUGGACAUCCUGUGUCCUCUGGGUCAGUUCCCCUGUGGAAACAUGAGCGAGUGUCUGCCCCAGGCUUUACACUGCAACGGACACAAGGACUGUCCCAAUAGCGCUGACGAACAACACUGUGGAGACAAUGCAGGCUGGGCGGACUUAUUUGGACAAACUGUGCAGAACACGAGUCCAGUGGAUUAUUACCCUGAGUGUUUGCUGCAGGAAUACCCAGAGAGCUGUGAGUGCACCCUGACUGAAGUCAUGUGUGUGAGGGUGGGACUACAGGAUGUCCCACAAGUGUCCUCAAACAUCACCUGGCUGUCUCUCAGAAGUAAUACCAUCAGAAGGCUGCCGGACUAUGUCUUCUCUGAAUACUCUGAACUGGAGAGAUUGUUCCUUCAAAACAACAGUCUGCAGCUCAUCUCCAAAAAUGCUUUCAGUGGCCUUUACAAUUUGAAAAGAUUGUUUCUGAAUGAAAACUUGAUUCCAUCCCUGAGUCCUGGUGUAUUCAAGGAGCUACAUCAGUUAGAGUGGCUGAUGUUGGACCAUAACCCUUUAAACAGUUUGUCCCCGGACACAUUCUUAGGUCUUCGGUCUCUCGUUUAUCUGUCAAUGGUGGACACGUCUCUUAAACAGUUGCCUCACCCCAGCUUCUGUCAGCACAUGCCUUCCCUGGACUGGCUGGAUCUUGAAGGAAACCAGAUCCAAACCUUGAACUACUCCAUCCUGAAGACAUGCAGUAAACUGGAAGUGCUAUUACUGAUGGACAACAAGAUCAACAGUGUCCCAGAAAACACCUUUCAGUCUCUGUGGAAACUUGCUGAACUAAACUUGUCCAGUAAUCGGAUUAGAGAGCUGUCCAAAAACACCUUUAAGAAUCUGUCCAGGUCCCUGCUCAAACUAAAUAUCUCUCACAAUCCACUACUGUGCAUCAACUCUGGACACUUUAAUCACCUUACACAUCUUCAGUCCCUGGCCUUGGAGGGAAUUGAAAUCCAAAAUAUUCAGACCAAGAUGUUUUUGCCAAUGAAGAACCUCUCCCACAUUUACUUCAAGACGUUCCAGUAUUGUUCGUAUGCUCCCCACGUGCGCUCCUGUAAGCCCAACACUGACGGGAUAUCUUCCUUUGAGAACCUUUUGGCAAACAUGGUCCUACGGGUGUCUGUUUGGGUCAUAGCCUUUGUCACCUGCUUCGGAAACCUCCUCGUCAUCGGCAUGAGGUCCCUGAUCCGAGCUGAAAACAACCUGCACGCCGCCUGCAUCAAAGUGCUCUGCUGCGCAGACUGUCUUAUGGGAGUGUACCUGUUUUUUGUUGGGAUUUUCGAUGUGAAAUUUCGGGGACAAUACAACCGCAAUGCUCUGAUCUGGAUGGAGAGCAUUGAGUGUCGUACCAUUGGAUUUUUAGCCAUGCUAUCGUCCGAGGUGUCUGUCCUCCUUCUAACUUACCUAACAUUGGAGAAAUUCUUGGUCAUUGUCUUUCCCUUCAGUAAUAUGCGCCCAGGCAAACUCCAAACUGGGGUUGUCCUCUCAUCCAUUUGGCUCACCGGCUUCAUAAUAGCUGCUGUGCCUUUAAUGAACGAGGAGAUAUUUGGGAAUUACUAUGGACGUAACGGGGUCUGCUUCCCUCUGCACUCUGAGAGUCAAGAGAAACCAACAGCCAAAGGAUACUCCACUGGAAUUUUUCUAGGUCUUAACUUGGUGGCCUUCCUGAUGAUCCUGUGCUGUUACUCUAGCAUGUUUUACUCCAUCUAUAAAACAGGCAUCAAUGCCACAGACCUGAGGAGCCGGCUGCACAAAGAUGUGGCUGUGGCCAACAGGUUUUUCUUCAUUGUGUUCUCUGAUGCCCUCUGCUGGAUACCCAUAUUUUUGGUCAAAGUCCUUUCUAUUCUGGAAGUAGAGAUUCCUGGGACCAUUUCCAGUUGGGUGGUCAUCUUCAUCUUACCCAUCAACAGUGCCCUGAACCCCAUUCUGUACACCCUGACCACCAGCUUCUUCAGAGAGCAGGUGGAGGUGCUGCUCUGUCGAUGGCAGCGCAGACACACCCUCAAAAAGGACAGAAAAAGUCUGACCUCCUCCACCAUAUUCAUGGAGACAUCCCGAGGGAGCUACCAACCCCCAGCCUACCUGCAGCCUGUGUCACUGACUGGUGACCCAAGAUAUGCCUAAACUGUUGGAGGAAUGGCCAACCAAGCUAAAACUGUUUUUUCUACAUGAAUAAGCUUUAUAGAUGCUGGGCUAUACACAAUUUCUUCACACUCUGAACUGUUUUCAAGCAACAAAAAACAACUUAAUCACCAAAGUCAUCAGGUUUGCAUGUCUUAUUGGAUAACGCUUUGAGGUAAAGCAAGUCAAAGAAUAUAUCCCAGGGAUAUAUAUUAUAAUUGUGCUAAAUCAAAAUGAUGGUCACGAUCUUGUACAGAAUGUCCCUGAAAUGGAAUCUACCAAGAAAUACCAUAUCACUCUGCAGUAAAAAGAUGAAAAUGUCAAACAGUAAACAUGCUCCAUUUUUGUGCUUAAACAGUUGUAGCCAUGAAUGUAAUGUUUUAUUGCAGAAUUAAAUAUACCAGUCGACAGAUAAA